AUGAACAGCGAGACGCAGGAGUCGUUCUCGUUUCCGAUUCGCCAUCAGCGGUACUGCAACGCUGUCGCGUUCAGCACACAUGGACUUCUCGCGGCCGGUCUGGAUCGCGUGCGCAAUGAUUUUUGUCUCAAUAUCUGGGAUGUGAAUCAACGGCUGGCCAUGCGGGGUUCGAAAUCCCUUGUUGAGCCCCUGCGCAAAUUGGCCAGCUCGGAACCGAUUACCAGCGUGAAGUUCUUCAGGGACCAGCCCGAUACGCUGGUCGCUGGUGUCAAGGGCCAGUUUGUUCGAAUAUACGAUCUCAGAGAGGGUCCGGGAAACCCUUCCCUGCAAUUCCCUACUCGAUGUGUCCAUAACCUGGCCAUCGAUUGGCUUGACGAGAACUACAUCGCGUCGUGUAUUGCUUCCAAUGAACCCACGAUAUGCGUCUGGGACCGACGAGUAGGUCCCCGAUUUGCUCCUGGCGUGGGUCCCACAAAUGCCCUGGAUACUGGACAACCUGAUCCAGCCUUGGAGUUCAAAAAUGUCGUUGCUCCAAAAUCGUCCAUCUGGAGUCUCCGGUUCUCCAGGACAAAGAGGGGAUGUCUAGGUGUUCUGGCGAACACUGGGCAUUUCAAAACUUAUGACAUGGCCAAAGAGUAUACGGCAGAGGAAUACCGAUCGUCCAUGGAUGAGACUCUCGGCCACGGGUCCCUCAGAAGCUACCCCGAGCAGAUCUAUACUAAAUAUGUACGGGAUGUGUUCAGUCCGUUCGAUCACCCCACUCGCGGUUAUAAGGAGUCCGACAGAGUAGUGUCGUUUGACUUUCUGAAUCUGAAUACGUCAAAUGAACCCAGUGCCAUCACACUGUCUGGAGAUGGCCAGGUCAACAUCGUCACGACGAAGCCGCCGCCGCCUACCGUGCGACUCUCUUCUCAAGGCGUAUUGGCGUACGCGAAAUCAGACGGCGAAUGUGACUUUCAAACGAUAGAGCCAGCGUCCAGCCAUGGAUUACCUAUUGCAGAGAUCGUUGAGGAUCUCCGCGAACGCAUCCUCCCUGAUCUGAGCGAAGAAGAGCUCUCCCGUCAGAGCAACCCCGCCGCCCCUUUGUCGAGCCGCGAGGCUCGAGAACGGGCCUUAUCUCUAGGCACCUUGAACAACCCCCUGACCGUCGAAGAGGCUUUGACCCUGUUAACAGUCAGCCGACUGCGGUGCAAGGAAGGAUAUCUGUUCGACGAAUCGCAGAACAAGCGAAUACUGUCGGAUGAUCCAUCCCUACAAGGAUUCUGGGACUGGGUUGAGCGGGCACGGUUGGAUUCAUCGAACGAUUCAAUGGUUGCAAACGGUCUAGAUCUGAACUAUCUGGGAGUAUAUGACGUUUGGAACAACGACGUGGGGGAGAGCUCAGAAGCUCGACGAAUCGACCCCAGUGCAGAGUUAAAUAUACGUGAAACUAUCGUGGAUCUGGUACAAGAGCAGCUUCAUUUACCUGAAAGCAAAGGAUGUGGUACUGAAUAUCCGGAACAUCGCCGACUCUGCCUCCGACUAUGCGGUGCAGCACAGUCUCAUCGCGAACUGGAGGAGCUUGUGAAGACACUGUCUGCAGAUAAUCAGCAUACAAAAGCUGCCGCACUGGCUGUCUUCCAGGACGAAGCCAAACUGGCGUAUCUGGCUUUGAGAAGCCACGAACCGACGCAAGCACAUAAGCUCCUUGCAAUGGCCAUUGCUGGAGCGGCCAAAGGCGACACGGAUCCUGACUGGGAAGACACCUGCGCUGAGAUCGCGAAAGAACUCACCGACCCCUACGCCCGCGCCAUCCUUGCCCUCGUGAGCAAGGGGGACUGGAAGUCGGUAAUUCAGGAGACGACCUUACCUCUGAGGUAUCGAAUCGAGGUCGCUUUACGCUGGCUUCCUGAUGAUGAUCUCUCCGCUUAUCUCAACGAGACCUUCGAGGACGUCAUCCGUGAGGGUGACAUUGAAGGCGUCGUGCUCACAGGCCUGGGUCAUGCUGCGAUGGACCUGUUCCAGUCCUACAUCAACAAAUUCAACGAUGUUCAAACCUCCGUCAUGGCCAUGAGCCACACUGUUCCCCGAUUCAUCAACGACGUGUCCCGCAGAGCCCGCUUCGAAGCGUGGCGCGAGACAUACCGUUGGCAGAUGAACUCCUGGAAGCUCCAGAUAGAACGCGCGCGGUUCGAUGUCGGAUCGCGUCGGUUUGCUGUUACCUGGGAUGGCCGGAAGCUAGUCGAGCCCCCACGACAGCAGGUCAGUUUGACCUGCAACUACUGCACGCGCCCGCUAACCCAACAUGACGCGUCUUCUCAACUGACCCCGUCGAGCUCUGGGGAGGUCGUUCAUCCAACGCCCGGGAACCCGUUGGGCGCUGCUGCUAUGUCGGGGAUGGUCUGUCCCCGCUGCGGCCGACACAUGCCCCGGUGCGGAGUCUGUACGCUGUGGCUGGGAUCUCCUGAUCCCAUGUCCAAAGCUUCCAUAGCCGCCGAUGCGAGCCAAGAGCCGCGUAAGCCCACUGAGGCGGAGCUCAUGCGGCGGUUCGUCGUAUUCUGUAUCAACUGCAAUCAUGGAUUCCACGCACACCAUGCCCGGGAGUGGUUUGCGAAGCAUAGCGUGUGCCCAGUGGCGGAGUGUAGAUGUAUUUGUGACCGGUGA